UAGAUCAAGUUUGAUCAACGUCCCCCUGCUGGCCCAAUUGGAUGAUCCUUAUUCACAAUAAGAUCCGCUUCUCGCUCCACCACCAUCUUUGAGAUAAGUCUUUGCCUUUUCCCCUCUCAACGGCAUAAGAUUCGCUCUGCUGCAGUUCCGCUCGCACCUCAACGUACCUGUAGUAUAUCACUGGUAGUACACAGUGAGAGCUGCUUACACAUCUGGCGGAUUUUCUGUGCGCAUAGGCUUGUGUACAUGGUUUUCCUAUAUCAGAUUCGUUUGAGGAGUUAAAUUCAGAGGCCGGAGAAAAUGAGGCAACGCGUAAUAGCCAUUGUCCUUUUUUUGUUGUGGCUUUUUGGGAAAUCGCAUGGAGCGUUUCCAAACCAGAUAAAUAUUGGUGGUCUCUUUAUGCGCUCUACAGUGCAGGAGCACAGCGCUUUCAGAUUCGCUGUCCAGCUGUAUAAUACCAAUCAAAAUGUGACGGAAAAACCUUUCCAUCUCAAUUACAAUGUAGACAAUCUCGAAUCCUCGAACAGCUUCUCCGUCACACAUGCGUUCUGCUCCCAGUUCUCCAGAGGAGUGUACGCCAUCUUCGGCUUCUACGACCAGAAGUCCAUGAACACGCUAACCUCGUUCUGUGGGGCUCUGCACACCUCCUUCAUCACACCCAGCUUCCCCGCCGAUGCCGACGUGCAGUUUGUCAUCCAGAUGAGGCCUCCUCUACGGGGAGCUGUCCUCAGCCUGCUGGCCCACUACAAGUGGGAGAAGUUUGUMUACCUCUACGACACUGAGAGGGGUUUCUCUAUCCUCCAGGCCAUCAUGGAGUCAGCGGUGGCCAAUAACUGGCAGGUUACGGCCCGGUCGGUGGGCAGCAUAGUAGACCCUACAGAGUACAAACGCAUCAUAGAGGAGAUGGACCGUAGGCAGGAGAAACGCUUCCUCAUCGACUGUGAAGUGGGAAGAAUCAAUGCCAUCCUGGAUCAGGUAGUGACCCUGGGGAAGAACAGCAGAGGCUACCACUACAUCCUGGCUAACCUGGGCUUCGCUAACAUGACCCUGGACAAGGUGUUUGCUGGAGGAGCCAAUAUAACAGGCUUCCAGAUCAUCAACCCAGAGAACCCAAUAGUCAUACAAUUCCUCCAGCGCUGGGAACGCCUAGACGAGAGGGAGUUUCCUGAGGCUAAGGGCACUCCACUGAAGUACACGUCAGCGCUGACCCAUGACGCGGUGUUGGUACUGGCAGAGGCCUUCCGGUACCUGCGGAGGCAGAGGGUGGACGUGUCCCGGAGGGGGAGCGCUGGGGACUGCCUGGCCAACCCAGCCGUACCUUGGAGCCAAGGCAUUGACAUAGAGAGAGCACUCAAAAUGGUCCAGGUACAAGGUAUGACAGGGAAUAUCCAGUUUGACUCGUUUGGUCGGAGAGCCAACUACAGCGUCGAUGUGUAUGAGAUGAAAGUAGGGGGGCCCAAGAAGACCGGGUACUGGAAUGAAUACGAAAAAUAUGUAUUUAUUGUGGAUGCGCAGGUCACCAACGAGUCCUCUUCUGUGGAAAACCGAACGAUUGUGGUCACUACUAUUAUGGAGUCUCCUUAUGUGAUGUACAAGCGAAAAUACUUGUCACUGGAGGGAAUACAAGAUGAAGGCUACUGUGUCGAUUUAGCUGCUGAAAUUGCAAAACAUGUGGUAAGAUACAAACUGUCAGUAGUUGCGGACGGGAAGUAUGGUGCAAGGGAUCCAGAGACCAAGACGUGGAACGGGAUGGUGGGGUGACUGGUAUAUGGGAGAGCCGAUAUAGCAGUGGCUCCUCUAACUAUAACAUUGGUACGAGAGGAGGUGAUAGACUUCUCUAAGCCUUUUAUGAGCCUGGGGAUCUCCAUUAUGAUAAAGAAGCCUCAAAAGUCAAAGCCGGGCGUGUUCUCCUUCCUGGACCCGCUGGCCUAUGAGAUCUGGAUGUGUAUAGUGUUUGCCUAUAUCGGCGUGAGCGUGGUGCUCUUCCUGGUCAGCCGCUUCAGCCCMUAUGAGUGGCAUCUGGAYGARAACGACGAGGCCAAAGACCCCCAGAGCCCUCCAGACCCACCAAACGACUUUGGGAUUUUUAAUAGCCUGUGGUUCUCCCUGGGCGCCUUCAUGCAGCAAGGAUGCGAUAUCUCGCCAAGGUCUCUGUCGGGCAGAAUCGUGGGGGGUGUGUGGUGGUUCUUUACCCUCAUCAUCAUCUCCUCCUACACGGCCAACCUGGCUGCCUUCCUCACAGUGGAGAGGAUGGUGUCUCCCAUAGAGAGUGCUGAGGACCUGGCCAAGCAGACAGAGAUUGCCUACGGGACCCUAGACUCAGUGGAGACAGCUCAGCGCUCCAAAAUAGGAGUUUAUGAAAAAAUGUGGUCUUACAUGAAAUCAGCUGAACCGUCAGUGUUCGCCAAGACCACACCAGAAGGGGUUGCCCGAGUGCGAAAGUCGAAAGGCAAAUUCGCCUUUCUUCUUGAAUCCACAAUGAACGAGUACAUUGAGCAGCGGAAACCUUGUGACACCAUGAAAGUUGGCGGCAACCUCGACUCUAAGGGAUACGGUGUGGCCACACCUAAAGGCUCAGCAUUAAGAACUCCUGUAAACCUUGCCGUAUUGAAACUCAGUGAACAAGGCAUCUUAGACAAGCUGAAAAACAAAUGGUGGUACGAUAAGGGUGAAUGUGGAACCAAGGACUCUGGAAGUAAGGACAAGACAAGUGCUCUAAGCCUGAGCAAUGUGGCGGGAGUCUUCUAUAUUCUGGUUGGAGGGCUAGGGCUGGCUAUGACCGUGGCUUUGAUAGAGUUCUGUUAUAAGUCACGGGCAGAAACCAAAAGACUGAAACUGGCUAAGAAUGCCCAAAAUUUUAAACCAGCUCCUCCGGCAAACACCCAGAAUUUUGCCACGUACCGAGAAGGCUAUAAUGUGUAUGGAACAGAGAGUGUUAAAAUCUAGGGGGAAGGUACAGUCACUCUGGAGGAAUACAACCCRCAAUGGCUGGCACCCUGGAGGCGACAGACAUGGUCAUCAGCUUGGACCCAAACCCACAGUCAACAAAUGCCCAUCUUGGGAUGCCAAACCUGGCACGAUAAUCAACGACAGUGACACAAUAGGACUUGUUUAUUGAAAUAUGGGACCUGCCUCUCUUAGUGCCUUACGGAGYAUUCAGCGUCACAGCAAUGCAACUCCAUUUUGGUUCACUUGAAAAUACAGAAUCAAAAAAUAAUAUAGGGGAGGAAAGAAAGAAAACAUUGAUACUGUUGUAAUCUAUAUACGUGGGAAAGUUUUUGUUUAAUUAUUUUGACGAAAAAAAUGCCAUUACUUGCCAUUAAGAAACUUAUCCCAGAGAACAUUUUAAGUCAUUUCAAUCCUUUACAGGCAUAUUUUAGUGGUAAAACAUUUACAAUUUUUUUCCCGUUUUAUUUAACGUACUAGUCAUCUGCMUAUUUUACUAUACAAUUAUGUUCAAUGUCAUAUAAUAAUCUAAGAUAAACUUCAAUCAAUAGGAUAGGAUCAAUAGAAAAUGACAAUAUUGUACCCUCAUUCUGUAUUUAAAAAAUUUGCAUAAUUUGAAACCAUUGGUUAUUCAAAAGGUCUUAGGUGCUGUCAAUUUUCUCAGAGCCUGAUGGACAAACUGACAUUUUAUCAUGGCAGCAGCAUAACAUGACUGGUUAAAACAAAUGCAAUAUUUAACUUGGGUCACACUUGUCACUACUGCCAAAAAUGUUAAAUUGAAAACAGAUUUUAUGAAGAUGUGAUCAGUUUUAAAACACAUAUGGUGUCUUAUUGUUAUUGUUUUUUUUGAUUGAACAGAGUACAAACAGUUGUAGAGAACACUUGGAUAUUUACAGUAUAGGAGUACCAAGCAUAAUAUGUGUUUGGUUAUAAACAGUACACCCCUUUUAACAAUAUAUAAAAGGUUUAAGUACUCCUAACCAAAAUCUGCUACAUUUCUUACACAUUAAAAUGGAAAAAGGUUUAUAAAUGUAAGUCUUAUUGCAAUGCAAUCCAAUGAUAUCUUUAAAGAGGGAGCUCUCUAUUAUAUUAACAUGUUGGGUAAAUAAUAGCACACUGUAUCUGGUUGUAAUUUACAUUACUUUUUUUGUACCCGUUUGUUUUCUGUUGAGAUUGGGUUAUGUAGUGAAUGAUGAGCAAUGAGAGUGGAGAGAGAGAGAUCAGAAGAAUACAACGAGUAUUUAUGUUUUAAUGUUUCUGCAAAAACUGUGAUCCACUACACUUUGAAGACAUACCAAGACAAAACUGAUGAUGAAUAUGAGAAUUCUUUAUGAACCACGGAGGACCAUAAAUGUUAAGAAACGUAUAUUUGUUUAGUUGAUUUUAUUAAAUGAAGGCUUCUCAUCAUUUUUACCCAAGUAAAAUGCAUGUGGAAUUGGUGAUCGCUUUACCAAACUGCAACCUAAAGCAGACCCUAGGAAGUUAACAAUCUCAACUUUAGAACUCAUUUGAUCCUUUUGGUUCUUUUAUUUGUAACUGCACCGCAGCAAUGAGAAAACUGCCAAGCUGCAUAGUGAUAACAAGAACUGCAUGUGUGGACAUACUGAACCUUGUUAGUGAGGUCCUGUACAAAGAAUUUUAUUACAUUUUGUAAAUAAAAACGGAUUUAAAAUGGG